UAGAAAUAGCAACAUAAAGUGAAGAAAUUAACCAUUUUGAUGUAGUGUCAAAAACGCCUAUUCACUGUGCUGCCCUGAUAUCCACUAAAAUAUUUGGAGGAAAACAAGCCAGGCAGGCUUUCUCUCUUGUAAUACCUUGAUAGCACCUCAAUGAUGUUCAAUACAGUGUUAAUGGAAGAGUGCUUUUGGUGUAUUCAAUUCCUACAUAAUUCUUCACAUAGCCCCUUUUGAGGGUUAAAAAAUGCAGAAGAAGAUGUACACAAAUGAAGACAAAAAAUAAUAAUACUGAUGUCUUAAGUUAAAUGAUAAUAAAUGUGACGGCUGUGCCCUGCUUAUGAAGGCAGACCAAAUGGAAAGCACUGAUCAGUUGGAAGAAGACAAAAAUGAAAUGAAACAAUUCUUGGCGGAAAGAGGGGAAAAUACAAUAUCAUUCUGUUUUGUCUACUGGAUUAUUUUCUGACUACGCCACUCAAUGAUGAUGUGCUAUUAUUCAUUGCAUGGUGACCGGCCCUAGUGAACCGAGAUGUCAUAUUAUCAAUAAAUUAUCAAUAAGUUGAUUAAUGACAUGAAGGAGAUAAUACUUUGUUUUUAGUUGAGUAGAAUUUCAGAUAAAGCGCAGUGCAGUAGUGCAGUAUUGUUGUCAAACCAGCAUGAGGCACCAAUUCACACAAUGGGAUUAAACCAAACCUUUUUGUGGACUGUGGACCCACUAACUAGCCACAUUUAUGGGUUUUGUACCUUCACUGGUCAUGUACAAUCAUGGCUGACAUGCAAUAAAGAAAGAUCCUGUGUUACUAACUGCCAGUUGUGUACAAGAGUGCUGUAUUUUAGGGACUUUAAACUCACACCCUCACUUUCUGUUACCCGUUCCAUUCACUGAUGAUUGGGAGGAAAGUCCCAAACUGGCCCAGGUAACAAGACUCCUACACUAAGACAGGGGAUCCUUUCUAACAUCUGCGAUCUUAGUGAUUUGAUGAAUGGGCUAUUUUUUUUAACAACAUGCUGUUGCAUAUAUACAUACAAUAACCAUGUUUGAUAUUUAAAUUGUUUGUCUGGUCCUUUGUGGGGGCUGGAUGUAGGGCUGCAAUAGAUUGAGUUUAUAUCUGGAAAGCAGUAAAAUCCCUUAUUGUAAGUGUACAGGGCCAUCUCACUAAAAUAUUUCAAGUGUGCAUACUUCCAACUAUGAUUAUUUGAAGUCAGUAUUUUGCCACAGUAUGUGGUAUUCUCCCACUACUUUGCACAUAUAGGCUACAUGAUAUCGGUACAGGUUUAUAAAUACACAAAUAGUUAUGCAAGUAUUACAAACUGUGGCAUACAGUAAAUGUUUGAUUUCACCGCACAUCCCAAUUAAAAAGACAUUGUUAAACUGAAUCCCUCUAUGGUAAUGUAUCAUUCAACUAUCCAUUCAGGGUCCAUGUUCGAAAGAAUAAAACACUAUACUUGACAAAACAAAUGCAGAGCCUCUUCUACCAAUGAAGCACACCUCACCUCUACCUUCAGCAUUCCCAGAGAAACUUCAAUCAGGGUUUGUUUGCCCCCACUUUGUUUCCAGUUUUCGAAGCCUGGGCUACCUACAGAGACUGUUUACACAGAAUGGGCAGCUAGCGGCCAUGUGAUGAUUACUGAAUGUGACAAAAAAAGGGUAUAGGCUUGAAAUCCUGUACGAUUGCAGACUAGCCUACUGUUAAGUCAAAUCUCCUCAAGGGCCAAUAGGCCCUAACAGAAGGACCCCCACAGGGAAGACAUAGGCUACUCAAAAUGAGGGGUAGCCUAUUGCAGUUAACAUUUAAAUAUAAUUUGGAAUAAAAAUGUAAUGCGUUAUUUUUUUUUACUUUAAAUUAACGAUGUAGCCAUUACUUGUAAUGAAUUCAGUUUAAGGACACAGCCUGCCAAACAACAAUACUAAGAGAGAUCCCACCUUGUUCAAGAAACAGGCCUGCAGAUCAGGAGGUUAGAGCCCAAUAGAGACAGAAAGCAAAACUAAACGUUAUCAAUGGUCUGGCACAAGGGCCAUGGGACAACUUGCAAUCACCAAUAAAAUUGGUAGAGGGUAACAUGAAAUAACUCAUAUACGAGCAGGACGUGACUAUCUAGACUGCUUGCAAGUUCUGAGUGGCACUGCGCGCUUCCGGGUUGGAAACGGGCCACAGCCGACCAAAAUAGACCGGAGACCGUCAAACACAUUUAGCUGAAAUAUGCCCAUUCACAACAAAUGCCCGUUGGUCUCUACAGUUUACAGCAAAAGACCACAUGUUGGUAUGUUGGUUUAGGUAUGUCCCUCUCUUGUUUUAGAAGUCAUCGAAUAGGGUAGUUUUAUCGCAAACGAUUAAAUGAUAUUGCAUUAUUUGUCCAAGAACGUUCGCCUAUCAGUUUCAAAGUUGCACUUAAUUUGCGAAGGGGAAGGCCCUUAACCAUAUUUUUUUAAUGGGGUAAGGGGGGUGGGGUGGGGUGGUAGGCUACUUCAUCAACUGACUUCUUGGUUUUCAUUUGACCGUACGAUGAGCGAGCGAGGUGGUGACUUCCCUGCGCCUCCUCCUGCACCUAACGUCACUCAGACUGUCUUUGGAAAGUGUCAGAAAUGAAAAUGACCGUGCAGUUUUCAUUCUGCUGAUAGCGUUUGCAACCUUUACGCACGUGCUGCUGUUUUAAAACUGAUUAAGUGUUUCAGGAUGACAUUUGAGGUAGAUGGAGUUUACAGAUAAUUCCCUCACCUGGUUGUUACCUUGCGGACCUGGACAUUUUGCACUGGCGCGAAGGAGCUGAGGCGGACGAACAGGGGACUUCAGUGUCAUCUUAUGAUACGAACUGUCUACAUGCCCCAAAUCAUGACAAUGAGUUGCCAACAGACUUUAUCAGCGGUACCUCUGGAUCUACGGACCUCGACCAGAGGACGUGAAAGCAAUGUUGACAACACAGCGAGUGACAGUGCUGAAGUGAAAGCGGAGAUACCGGUAAACCAGCAAGACUGUAUUAAUGGAUCGCGGACCGCUACCCCUGCUCCUGACCAUCAAGUACUGGCACUUCAAAUGACGCCACAUCUUAAAGACCGUACAAUUCCGGACAAGAAUGUGUGUACAAACAACUCAGACUCUGCUUUUGUCCAGGUUCGCGUAAAGCCCGAGUUGGUUGCGGACAACUCAGUUGCUGCUAAAUCACAGGACGCAUCAACUUCAAGGCUUCCCUUCAGGAAGCGUCCGUAUCCUGGUGGAUCGGAGUCUCCAGCUCAAUCAAGCCCAUUUUGCUCAAAAGAUUCUGCAAACGGCGCAAAAUCUCCUAAACUUGCUACAAAUGUAUUGAAAACAACCGACCAUUAUGAAGUUCAGGACGCGUUUGGACGUGUAAUGGCACAAGACAUCAUUAGUGGUUCCAGGCAGUUGGACCCCUUAAUCCUCCAUCCCUGUGCAUUGGCCUGGUCUGUCGUACCUCAUGGACCCAGAGCACCCCCCGCCCCCUGGCAAGUCCAGAUGGAACGGCUGCACGCUGAUGUUGCCCUAGCCACACAACAAGACGAUGACGGAGACACGCCUCUUCAUAUAGCUGUGGUCCAAGGUCAGGAGCAGAUGGUCCACAGACUGAUACACAUUCUAAAAUGGGCGAAGAAAGAUGUGGACAUCUACAAUAACAUGAGACAGACUCCACUGCACUUGACUGUCAUCACUGGCAACGUGGACCUCGUGAAGGCUCUGCUGAGGGCAGAUGCUGACCCUGGUGCCCUGGACCGCAAUGGUCAGACCACUCUCCACCUGUGUUGUGAAUACAACCAGGCCUCCUGCCUCUCAGUCAUCCUCUCCCACCCCUCUGGCUCUGUCUUGUCCUGGCUGGAGACCCGCAACUAUGAGGGGCUCUCUCCUCUCCACCUGGCUGUUCAGAGUGGAAACCAGGAACCAGUUAAACUGCUGCUGAAGAACGGCGCAGACAUCAAUGCAGUGGACAACAAGAGUGGUCGAAGCCCACUCAUGCAUGCGGUGGAGGCCAACAGCAUGGAGAUGGUCAACCUGCUCAUUGAGUGUGGCUGUGACGUAAAUGCCCAAUCCUACAGUGGCAACACGGCUCUGCACAGUGCCUGUGGUCGGGGCUACGUAGAGGCAGUGCGGACCCUGCUGAAAAAUGGAGCCGACAGCAGCCUGAAGAACUACCACAACGACACGGCAGUUAUGGUGGCAAAAAACAAGAGAGUCACAGAUGUGCUCCGAGGGAAGGGUUCACGGACCAUACCGACCAGAACUGACAUCCAGAGUUCUGUGCAUUCCCCUCAACACAAUACAUCGCUUCCAAAGCAGUUCAGCAUUAAUGGGUCUGCAUCUCCAAGGCUUGUUGGGUGUUUGCCUGUGGCUUCCCAACACACAGGCUCUCAUUCUCCCUUCACGCCGGUGACACACUCCCCUCUUGGCCCAGCAGCAGACGGUCUGUCGAGCCGACAGUCUUCUGUCGAGGUCAAGGAAAGAGUGUUACUGCAGAAGAACUUAGGACAUCACAGUGUGGUCCGAGAGAACCACUUUUCUCCAUGGACACCCCAGUCAUUGUUUUCCUUCUUCCCAGGCUACACACAACAGCUGAGCUCACAGAUGCCUCCUCAUUCAGUGUAUCCAGCUGGUCUACCUGGACUAGUCUUGCCCAGUGGCCAUCCUCCACAGAUUCCAUUUUUUCCAAGAUCUCAGAUUGACCAGUCACGGUCCUCAAGUCGUAGCAGUGACCAGUCGGAUGUAUCUACAAUGAGUGUGAACAGUGAUAGCAAAGGGGAGAGCUGCCUGGACUAAUCAGCUAAAAUUAAUAUUCCCUUUUCGUGACAACUGAGGUUUCCAAACUGAUUUAAUUUUUGAGUGAAGAUGUCCUGAAGAAUGCUUUGAGAACAAUGAACAGUCUACACUGGUUUUAUUUUACCCCCCGAGUAUGUGAUUGGAAUCAAUAUACAAUGUACUUAGACCAUGCGAUUCCGUAAUUGUAAAUAAUGUAAAUGUUAAACAAGGAUGCACUGUCUGAUCAUAAAGCACAAUAAUACCCAGACAAACAAAAUGCAUGACCAGGAAAUUGUUUCUUCUGAUAAUAUUGUUUCCUCCUUACUCUCUACCAAAUACAACAUUUUUAGAGGGUACAAUAAAGGGUAUAGUUACAGUAUAUGAGCCAUGAAACUAGAAGAAUGAAUGUAUUUGUUUUAACCUACAAAAAUAACUUGUUGCAUGAGGCAGAGGUACGAUGGAAGUCAAAGAGAGGGAAAAGGCUUUCAGUUUUAUAUAGAGGCUACAAAAUAUUUCAGAAACUUUAUGCUGAUGUGAAUGUAGAGUGAGUGCACCAAUAUGUAAACCACCACAUUUGAAAUAUAGCAUUUUUCCCUCUUUGCA